AUGCUUAGUGGUAGUGUAGAGGGUGAAGAAUCUUUUUCUCCCAGGGAUAAGGAUCUCCAUUCUAAGGAGGUUCAGGAAGAGGAGCUCCAUUUAACCUUAGUUCAAAUUGGGGAAGACCUUCCCAAGCGGCUUGUAAAGAGUCGUAUGACUAACAGUUGGGCCCAGGUCCUCAUGGAGCAGUAUGGUUUCCCUAAUUCUACUGUGAUGGCUCCUGAUCAAGAGUUAGUGAGGAAAACCCUGUCAGAGAGGAAGAGGAAACGGAAGCGGCUACCGAAGAAAGCUGAUCUCCCUGACCCCAAGAGGUUAGAAGUGGUUGUUCAUCUGCACUCUGGGGAUACCUUAGCUCCUCAUCAUGAGAAGUUUCAACCUUCUAAGUAA